AUGUUCUCUUCUCUCAGUUCCAUUCUCGCUGUAGCCCUGUCUCUGUUGAUUUCUCGCGUUGGCGCGCACGACAAUGGCCUCGCAAUCACGCCUCAGAUGGGUUGGGAUACGUGGAAUAGGUUCGGUUGUGAUAUCUCGGAAGAAACCAUACUAGGUGCUGCGCAGGCCAUUGUUUCUUCUGGCCUUUCAAAAUAUGGGUACGAGUAUGUCAUCAUAGACGACUGUUGGCAAGCCCCCCAGCGCAAUGCGACGACUGGCGCGCCUGUACCGGAUCCCAAUCUGUUUCCGAACGGUAUUGCAUACCUUGCGGAUGAGAUUCAUGCCAUGGGUUUGAAGUUUGGCAUCUACAGCGAUGCAGGAAUGCAUACCUGUGGCGGUCACAUUGAAUACGAUAACUGCUACAACGAAGGCCUGUUUGGCACGCCACAAAUUUCAUAUGAGCGUUAUGCGAACAUGUCUUUUGCACUUAACGCGACUGGGCGUCCUAUCCUCUACUCAUUGUGCAACUGGGGCGAGGAUAGGCCUUGGGAAUUUGCUCCUACGAUCGCCAACAGCUGGCGCAUUUCUGGUGAUAUUUAUGAUAAUUACAACCGCUACGAUGAGCGCUGUCCGUGCUUGUCGAUGCUUGACUGCAAGCUCUCUGGAUACCAUUGCGCUAUGACACGCAUAGUUGACUUCGCUGCUCCGCUUGGGCAGAAAGCUGCCGUAAACCAUUGGAACGACCUCGACAUGCUCGAAGUAGGCAAUGGUGGAAUGACGUACGACGAAUAUGUCACCCAUUUCUCUAUGUGGAGCGUGUUGAAGAGCCCGCUCAUCCUCGGCAACGAUGUCACGAACAUGACCAACGAAACACUGACGAUCCUCACGAACGACGCGAUCAUCGCCGUCAACCAGGAUCCGUCGGGUUCCGCUGCGAAUCGCUUGUGGAAAGUCCCGAUUGAGGCCGGCGGGGACAUUUCCCUUUGGUCAGGCAGCCUCACCAACAAUACAUUCGUGAUUGCUCUGAUGAACACUUCGCCCAACACGCAGAAUGUCGACGUCCUCUUUACGGACGUGUUUAUCGACCAGGGUGCUGCAUACCAGGCCGGUACCUAUGAAAUUUACGACCUCUGGCAGAAGGACAGUGCAGGAAAGUGGGGGAAGGACAUCGGCGCAUUCACAAAUUCUAUCCCCAGCGUAGAAAUUGGGAUGCACCAAGUGAGGAUCUGGAAGGCCGUCCCUGUGUCUUCGUCUGCCACGAGGAGAGACGUAUCGGACCUCUAG